GUGAGAGAGACAAGUACAAUCACCCGGUUAGGUGAGAAUGCGAGUCAAUCGCUGGAAUCAUUUGUGAUUUAGACCUUUGAUAGAUAAGUAACACCCCUGGAGCACAGGUGAGACUGCACUUUUGCAAACACAAAACUGGAUUAAACGCAUUCGGUUAGAAGAAAUUGAAGAACAACCGAAUUAUGCAACGCAUUGCUAUUAUUGGAGGAACCGGCAUGACCGGCGAAUGUGCUGUGGAUCACGCCCUGGUGAAGGGUCUCACAGUGAAAUUGCUUUAUCGUAGCGAGAAAACUGUUCCAGAACGAUUCAAGUCAAAAGUUGAACUGGUCAAAGGCGAUGUGACCAACUACGAGGAUGUACAGCGCUUAAUAGAGGGUGUGGAGGCAGUGGCCGUCAUUCUGGGUACUCGCAACAAGCUAGAGGCUACCACGGAGCUUUCCCGCGGCACUGAUAACCUUAUUAAGGCUAUGAAGGAGGCAAAGUUGAGCAAAUUUUCCAUCGUCAUGUCCUCGUUCCUGCUGCGUCCGCUCAACGAGGUGCCUCCAGUGUUUCACCGCUUGAACGAGGAACACAAGCGCAUGUUGGACCUGACCAAGGCUUCUGGACUGGAGUGGAUUGCCAUACUGCCGCCGCACAUAGCCGAUGAGCCGGCAACCGCAUACACCGUAGUACACGACGAGGCUCCCGGCCGUCUAGUUUCUAAAUACGACCUGGGAAAGUUCAUUAUCGAUAGCCUUGAGCAGCCCGAGCACUACGGCAAGGUGUGCGGCAUUGGCAAAAGUCCCAAAAGUGCCUAGAGCAAAGAAUCGUCCAUUGAGAUUGUGACCAAUUGCAGCUGAUCAUUUAAGACGUACAAAUUGUAUUUGAUAUUCCUGUCGUAACCCUAAUAAUCCGCCAAACAUCUACAUACCCGUAUGUAAUGUGAGCGCACAAUAAACUUUCCAUUUUAGAAGAUA